AUGUCACCAGUAAACCUUAUGAGUACGAGGACUCGUGAGGUCACGUCAUCCUAUUCCAGGACCCACCCCCACGCCGCAGCCACACCACUCACGCUGCGCCCACCUGCCGUCACGCUGUCGCCACUACCCCCACACAGCCACCACCCCACGCCGCAGCCAUCUAUUUCCACGCUGCUUCACCGUCACGCCGCGCAGCCACACCCCCACGCCGCAGCCACCACCCCACGCUGCCGCCACUGCCCCACGUCGCCACCACCCCCACGCCGCACCACCACCCCACGCCGCAGCCACCACCCCCACGCCGUCGCCACUGCCGUCACGCCGUCACGCCCCACCCCACGCCGCCGCCACCAACCCCACGCUGCAGCCACACCCCACGCCGCAGCCACCACCCCACGCGCAGCCAUCACCCCACGUCGCCACCCCACCACGCGUCGCCACGCGUCGCCACCUCACGCCGUCGCCACUACCCCCACGCGCCGCCAACCCCCACGCAGCCACCAACCCCACGCCGCAGCCACCACCCCCACGCCGCAGCCCACCGCCCACGCCGUCGCCACACCACCCCCACGUGCGCCACUCACCCCACCCCACGCCGCAGCCACUCACCCCCACGCCGCAGCCACCACCCCCACGCCGCCGCCACUGCCGUCACGCUGUCGCCACUACCCCACGCUGCCGCCACCGCCAUCACGCUCGCCACACCCCACGCUCACGCCAUCACGCCGCCACUACCGCCACGCCACCACCGCCAUCCACGCCGCCACCACGUUGCCCAUCACGCCGUCGCCACCACCCCACGCCGCCGCCACCACCCCCCGCCGCAGCCACUCACCCCUCACGCCGCCGCCACUGCCAUCACGCUGUCGCCAUCAGCCACCCGCCGCCAUCGCCAUCGCCGUCGCCACACCCCCCGCCGCCACCCCCACGCCGCCAUCACCCCAGGCUGCCGCCACUACCAUCACGCUGUCGCCACACCCCCACGCCGCAGCCACCACCCCACGCUCCCUGCCACUACCCCCACGCCGCCGCCACUUUCCACGCCGCCCGCCACGCCGCCGCCACCACCCCCACGAUGCCGCCACUACCCCCACGAUGCCGCCACCACCCCACGAUGCCGCCACUAUUAUGCCGCCGCCACCACCGCCACCAUCUCUGCCGCCGCCACCGCUCCAUGCUGCCGCCACACCACCCCACGCCUGCCGCCACUACCCCCACGAUGCCGCCACUACCGCAUGCUGCCGCCACUUUUCCCAUGCGUUGCCGCCAAUCACCGCCACCACCGCCCCCCUGCCGCUGCCAUCCCCCACGCUGCCGCCACUUCUGUCCCAUCCCUGCCGCUGCCCCAUGCUGCUGCCACUACCCUCCAUCGUGCCGCGACCUGUCUCCCAUGCUGCCGCCACUAUCCCUAUGCUGCCGCCACUACCCCCAUUGCCACCACUAUUACCACAUUGA